UCCCGGAAGUCUUGUUAAAACUUGAUGCUAGCAGUGUAAAGAUGUCUGGUCCUGUUAGGGUCCUGAGAGCCGGUCUACCUGCUCUCUGUCGGGUCCCUGUCCCCCCACAGACCCCGAGGACUGACCCGGGGAGAGGUCCUGUCAGCUGGAGGCUGUCUCACCUGCAGACAGCAGCACGUGAACGCAUCAUCUUUAAAGCAGCUUCCUCAGGAGAAACCCUUCGACCACUGGAGGGCGUCAGAGUGUUGGACAUGACGAGAGUCCUGGCCGGUCCCUUCUCCACCAUGAUCCUGGGAGAUCUGGGAGCUGAGGUCAUCAAAGUGGAGAAACCAGGUGCAGGUGACGACACGAGAGCCUGGGGGCCGCCGUUUGUCGGAGCGGAGAGCGUCUAUUUCCUGAGCGUCAACCGAAACAAGAAG